CCACUGUUCGCGUAAUUUCUUUUACCUCGUCGGCGUGCUUCACGUUGUGUUUGGUGAAGUGCCACAUUUUACAUCCAGCAGGAUUUCAAGAAAUCCUACCGAUAUUUAAGCAGAAAGAUGGUACAGAAGAAGGUAAAAUCAUCAAGCUAUCGCGCACAACCAAAGAAGAAGGUAGGGAAGAAGGUAGCUGCCGCUCCAUUGGCAGUUAAGAAAGUUGAGCCAAAAAAGGUGACCAACCCCCUUUUUGAAAAACGAACACGCAAUUUUGGCAUUGGGCAGGACAUUCAGCCGGCACGUGAUCUGAGCCGCUUUGUAAGAUGGCCCAAGUAUAUUCGUAUCCAGCGUCAAAGGGCUGUGUUGCAAAAGAGAUUGAAAGUACCACCAACAAUCAAUCAAUUUACGCAAACAUUAGACAAGCAAACAGCUACACAGUUGUUCAAGGUAUUGGAAAAGUAUCGACCUGAAUCAGCAGCCAUGAAAAAGGCAAGAUUGAAGGCAAGAGCUGAACAAAAAAUUGCGAAAAAAGAAGACACGCCGACAAAACGACCAAAUGUCAUUCGCUAUGGAACCAACACAGUGACCACAUUAGUUGAACAAAAGAAGGCCCAGCUGGUUGUUAUUGCGCAUGAUGUUGAUCCUAUUGAGAUUGUUUUAUUCCUGCCUGCUUUGUGUCGUAAAAUGGGUGUUCCAUACUGUAUCAUCAAGGGUAAAGCACGCUUGGGACGUCUGGUUAGGCGUAAGACCUGCACUUCAGUUGCUCUGACACAGGUGGACUCUGGAGAUAGAGCCAAUUUUGCUAAGAUUGUUGAAGCUAUUAAGACAAACUUCAAUGAUCGAUAUGACGAAAUUAGACGUCAUUGGGGUGGUGGUUUGUUAGGAAGUAAAUCUGCCGCGAGAAUAGCAAAAUUGGAAAAAGCUAAAGCAAAGGAGCUUGCUCAAAAGCAGGGUUAAAAUUUUGAGCGACAUUUACAAAAAAUAAAGAAUAAAAUACAGCUAUA